CGGCGAGUCGUUUAGGAAUGACGUAGAUCCGUGAGGCAUUGCAGGUGCAAAUACUUGGCGCGGCUACGUUGCCGUUUGACAAACAACAUGGACGCUUGCUUGAGCGUGGAAAGAGAAGAAGAAAGACUAUCGAAGAAAUACAGCAGUAUAAAGGAACAUACGGACUCUUCUUUGACAGAAUUGAUCAACCAGAUCUCUAAUAUUCAAGAUGAGCUAUCAAAAGCAAGUAAAGAUGAUGAAGUAUCACCUUUACAAUUACAUCUCCUGAACCAGUCAUCUAGGAAAGUGAAAGAUACAGUCUCAAAAUUAGCUACAGAGCACAAAGAACUGCAUGGAGGGAUCUCAAAGAUUGGAAAAGCUAUUGACAGAAAUUUUGUCAUAGACAACACAACAUGUAGCCAGCCAGGAGUGUUUGAUGGUGAAAAUGCAUCUUUGUUAAAUGAGGUCUUAUGUGAACACCUCUUACGACAAGGGAGAUUAGAAAUUGCUGAGCAGUUAAUAAAGGAGGGUAAUCUACAGAUAGAUGAUACACGGAAAGAACCUUUCACAGAACUAAACAGAAUUCUGGAGGCUUGUAGAGAGAGGAACUUAGACCCAGCUCUGGAAUGGGCACAGGCACGACACAUGGAACUCAAAGUGAAAGGAAGCUCCCUAGAAUUCAGACUUCACAAAUUAAAAUAUCUUGACCUUCUUAAAGAGGGGCGGCACAAGGAAGCUCUUGAGUAUUCAAAACAGUUUGCAAGAUUUGCUUCUGACCACACUAAAGAAGUACAACAAUUGAUGGCAUGCCUCCUGUACAGUCGCACGGGCAUUGAAAAGUCUCCAUAUGCUUCAUUACUGGAUCCUGUUCACUGGCUCGACAUCUGUGAUAUAUUUGCUAGGGAUGCCUGUGCACUGUUAGGUCUGUCAUUAGAGAGUCCUCUGCAGGUGUGUAUCACAGCUGGCUGUGUUGCUCUACCGUCACUCCUUCAGAUCAGACAAGUUAUGCAGCAGCGACAGGUCACGGGCGUGUGGACAUCUAAAGAUGAACUCCCAGUUGAAGUGGAUCUUGCUCCCCAGUAUCGCUACCAUUCACUGUUUGCUUGUCCGAUUUUACGACAGCAGUGUACAGAUGCUAACCCUCCAGUUAGACUGUCGUGUGGUCAUGUAAUCUCCAGGGAUGCUCUCAAUAAACUCACAAAUGGAAACAAAGUGAAGUGUCCAUAUUGUCCGCUGGAGAUGACUCCAACCGAUGCCCGACAAAUCAAUUUUUACUGAGGGAUGCACCACCUGUCUUUCCCACUCCAUCCAUCAAGCUCUGUGUUUUAUGGGACAUUGAAUGUUUCCUGAGGACAUUUGCUGGGUGGUGGGGUGAGGUUGUGACAUACUACACCAUAUAUUUAGUAAGCUAUGAUCAACUCGAUCUGUGACAAUCACGUCAAAACUCUAAAACUGGACCAAGACACUUUCAAUGGUGAAAUCUUUCCCAGGGUUUCUCCCUAAAAAGGGGACUUGACGAAUGCGAAAUGUCUCUGAAAGAGAAUCGGUGCGAGCACGUGUAUAUUAUGACUGAACAAAACCCAAAAUGAUAAAUGAGCAAAUAUAACUUUGUUCUUUCUGUACUGAGAAGAUUUUCUUCUUUCUAGCAAUUGGCAAGUUAGACUUUUUUUUCACAAGUAAUACAUUUUGUAUGAUAUUGCAUGUGUUAGGGACUUGGGUGGCUGGCGGGAAACAGUUUGGAAAAAUACAAAUGUAAUUAAGGAGAGAAAUAUUUAUACUUCAAAAACAUGAACACGUAUUUUCUGGACAUCGUUGUGAUUUCAUUUUUCAAACUGUGUUCUCCUAAAGCAUAGUGACGAGAUGAUUGUAUAUAUUGUACAGAUUUAGAGAAAUAAAUAUACCACGAAAACGGAACUAUCAUUCGAAUUUGCUCAGCUACACGAUUCGGAACGUUGCAAACUUACUACCGCCGUCUUCCUUUCGUAAUUUAAUGACUCUUUCUUUACACAUUUUUAUUUCGAGGAAAAAACUUGUUCUUCAUUAGUUAGAACGUAUUUUUUAAAAAAUAUAAUUAUAAAUAGUCAAUUCAAUUCAGUAGUUGCUGUUUACAUAUAAAUUGCCUUAAAUGACCUUAAAUAUCCCAGGGCAUAUAAUUUAGCUAUUUUGUUAUUUACAUGUAGCUUGGUGCGUGCACGCUAUCUGGUAAUUAGUCCAAGGUAAACAAAUGGGCACCCUUAUGAAAUGAGUUGCGGUCAUGGGAUUGUCUUCAAAUGGUUAUGGAAGUAUCUUAUGAAAACGCUACCGUUUAAGGGGUUAUAACUUUGGCCUGAGACAUUUUUAAUUAUUUUUAAAAAGGUCGAUUGAAUGUUGAGUACCACGGUUAGCACGAGUUUUGUUUCCCUUGGGUUUUAGAGGCUAGUAGCAUCCCUAGUUCCUUUCAGUCGUUUUAUACAAUAAAUGGUAGCAAAAUAGGAAAUUAACCAAUUAUAUACCACAAAGAUUUUGUGUCUGUUCUAUAUGCUCUCCGUAUACAGCAAAUGCAAAAGUUAACCCGAUCAGAAUGAUUCAUCAGUUGUGUUCAUUCUCGUAUUUUCCUUGAAAAAAUUCAAUAAAAACAGCUGCAUUAACGCUGGCAAGCGAACGUUGUCUCAAUAUGCACAGAAUUAACGGACAUAACAAGUUCAGUUGCUUCGUUGCCUCGUAUUUAGUGUUAAACAAUAGCAUGUCAAACAUUCAGCUGUUAUUGCAGGUUUGUCAUUUUAAAAUCAUCCUAAAAAUGCUUCGAUCAUCAAACUGCAGUCAACCUUCCAAGGAUAGUGUUUGUUACAGCAGUUGUCGACCACCAAAACUAAAUUGCCUUGUAAGGUAGACGUGGUUGCCCCGAAGACGUUUAGACAUGCGCUCUCGAACUGCUGUCGAAACACUCUGUUUUCUUCAUCCCAUCUUGCAAACUUUUCCAAGACUUCUCGUGUUAGAAUCUUGCUCUCAGACAUGUGCUUGACCUGGUGAUCAGAUAAUUUCGUCACGUUAACUUCUGCGUUAAAAGAGGUAACUCAAAAGCAAGAUGCCAGAUAGUACCAGUUAGCAAUCGUUUUCGAAGUGCUUGAAACACAAGUGCUUUGAGCAAGAUUUUUUUGAAGCAUAAAAAUCAAUAGAGAUCUGUGGUGUUGAGAUUAUCGUCGUGUUUAUUUGUGGAUUUCAAUCGCUGUUCAUUCGUCAGUUCCUUUUGAAUAUUUAUAAAUAGAAUAAGUUCCAUUUAAAUACCUAAGUCAUUAAACAUUAAUUUCCAUGUUGCGUGAAAUCGAGCAGGCGAAACAACAGGCUUCUCACGCAAAGUUUGGAAUUGUUUUUCCAAAGUUCGUAUUUCUAUUUUCACGGUUCGCACAAUUUUUCUUACUCGAAAAGAAGAAACAAACGUGAUGUUAGUUAUUGCUACGCCCUUUCCGCGUGGUAGUGAAGUUUUCCUCGCUAAGGUCAGAGUUUUCGUUUAGUCUUUUCAAUCGUUUAGCCUUCAGUUUCUUUUUUUAGUUCUCCUUCGCGUACGUGAUUUUAAGACAUCUGUUUUUUCAUCCGGUUUGCACGGAAUAAUUGGUUAGUAACGUGUAGUCGGUGGAAAGAAGCAGGCGUAUUUAUUUCGGCUUUUGCAUAUUCUUGAACGUUUUUUUCUGCUUGCAUCAGUGAACGAAUUGAUCUAUUUUCAUUUCUUAUUUUUAUUUUUUGGUCAAUUUGGUAUUUGUGUAUCACUUUGUGCAGUAAUCAAUUACUGCGCUAGCCAUAAUAAAAAAUUAAAAACCAAAGCAGUUUGGAUGUUUUCGUGUGGAAGCUCGGUGGCCUUCUGCUUUUCGACGAUAAUUAUCCCCAGUAGCUACUUUUGUACGGUUAUGACGUCAUACCGAUAACCGGUCGUGUUUUCUAAGAAAAUUCGUGGAACGAUUCUACUACAUUUUGUCCCUUCUUAUGUUUAUCAACGUAAACCUCGAAGAAUCGAAAACCUUGCUAACUGUUUUGUUAAGAAGAGAAAAUGUUAGCGCCGCAAAAGCACGAAAACAAAAGUACAUGAAAGCGUUAACGUGGCAAGUCCUAAGGUUGACACCACUUGUUUUGUUCUCGUUUUUCUCGGAUGCUUUUUGUUUUGCGGUUGUCGUGGAGGAUAAUUUUAGUCCUUUGUUCCUCAAUCCGCCGCGAGACUAACGCGCUAUGAUAAAGAGAGGUGUCAACAGCACGUACGGAACUUCUAAAGAUAGGAGAAAAACGUCUCUUCUGGCUUUCACUUUACCAUUUGCAAACUUCACGUGGCUAGCAGCAGGAGCAAAUCCCAUUAGACACAUGCUAUGGUGGAUGCCGCCAGAAUCCCUUUAUGACUGAAAUAUUUACGUUCAGAUGUAUAAAAAAAAACUAAUAAAUCAACUGAUUAUCAUUUCAGUCAAAGGAAUUCUGACUACUUGUCAGUAAAUCUCGACUUACUAUUUGGGAAAACUUGAAUGUUACAGGUAGAAAGGGGAUCGAAAAAAUGUAUUCUUAGAGAUCAGGAUUUCGUGUAAGAAAUAAUAUUUCAUUAUGUUAUUUUGGACGUUUUCCUUUUAACCAUUUUAUUUUUCAAGUCCGGCUAAAUUUAGAAGGAAGUUGUGAUAUUUGCAAAACUGUCACGUUUGAGUAGUGCCUUUAGAUUUCAAAUCCUGUUUUUGUAAAGUCGCUCGCUUUUAUCUUUCGGUUUACGAAGAAAACAAUAAAUAUUAAUAAUAGGUGGAUCACCUCAGGGUAAAAUCAAAGACGUACAAACCACCUUUGUCUUGAAUCACUCAGUUUGUUUUCUUCGGUUUGACGAACCUUCCACAAAAUUCUAUAAUAUUCCUGUUCGCUAAUUAUUAUUUUUGUUGUAACCAAAUGUUAAGAACAUGUGCUCUUGUGAAGUCCAUUUCCGCCGACUGUUGCAUGACAUGUUCCCCUUGUCCUUUUGCAGUCCGUUGAUUUUAUGAAUUACACAGCUGAAUUAUUUAUUAUAAAAACAUACUAGUUUACAAACGUACUUGAAUCCAAUCCACUUUGACUGAGCCUUUUUCGUGUAGUUUCGUUUAUUGGAAGCCACUUUAACAAGUUUUGCCGUGAAUUUUUGGUCAGCCCAAAAGCUGGCGAUUAUUUUGCAGUCCACGAGGAAAAAAAUAAAGAGAAUAUAAGUUCGCAUGACCUUACAAUAAAGAUACUAUCUGCCUUGUCUGUGUUUUGUCUAUUGGACUAUUUGUUAAUUGUUGCGUGUUUCGAGGGGGCCGAUCGGACGUAGCCUCGGUGAAGAAACUCAUUUCCAACAGGUCUGAACACUGAUUUUCAUUGUCAUUCAUCGAGUAUUUCAUCAGUGUGAUCCCAUAGAUUCUAUUGUGUGUGGUUUAUUUGGAACUCCUUUCAGUUGGGCAAGCAAUCAACGCUUAUAGCUGGAAAUAGAAUGAUGACGUGUUUCGUGUGACAUCCGCUAGCUCAACAAUAGAACUUAGGUGCUCCAGAACCUCCGGUGGGUGGUGCUAAAUAUAGAUCGACAAAGGAGUGGCGCCUAGGACUCUCUCAGAUUGCAGUAGAGCGCCCGAUUCUAGUCACGUCUCCGUCUGGAGUGACUCGGAACAGAUGUGUUGCGAAUGAUAUGCUCUUGACAGAUUGUCUGAGAGAAAUUCCUUGUCAAAAAAACGUGGGCAUUGUUUGGAUUGUCCUUAAAACGGCAAAUUUUCGGAAUUCUGUCUAGAAGUACCCUGCGCUGCGAGUGACAUGAGUGAGCAGAACUCUUCUCUUCAAAGCACACACGAGGACACCGCGAAAACCAUGCCCGGGAGAGCUAACAACAGAAGGAAAUCAAGCUCAAGUUUUUUGACCCGUUGUCUCUUAGAGGAAUACGCAAAGCUAGAGACCGAGGCUGCGGUGUGUAAGACGCUUUACGAGAAGGCUUACGUCGGUGCGUACGGCUCCAAAGAUCCCCUCUUAGGCCAAGUGUUGCGCGAUGUCCUACCAAGAGACUCAACUAUAGACUUGUUUUCUCCUCGUAGAAGAGACAUUUGUCAAGCAUUUGUGAGCUUUUUCGGUUGAGUUUACUUGUAGCCGAGGAUUAUCGAUGGAGAACGCACAUGAGUAACUUCCUAGUGACAUAUUUUUGGCGCGUAGGCAACCGACUAACUACAGAACUGAUUUGGUUCACCGCCGGCUGUGUACAGUGCGGAGUACAAGCGAGGUUCGGUAAAGGAAGCAGUUUGUUCCAUCAACAGAAGCCUUUGAACGCGUGGAUUUAUUGACUGAAUUUUAUUGUUUCGUCUUGUGAGACUAAUUUAUUGUAUAUUAUGAGGAAAAUUGCAUGAUUGUAUUGUAAAUCACCGGUUUAUAUUAACUUCACUCUUGAGUGACUUGGAAAAACAAUUUGUUAUUUUGAUAGAGACAUGUAUUUUUUGUGGCACUACUAUCUUUUUGCCUGACGGUAUGUUGGCCUGUAAAUAAUAACUAUUUAUACUUUCAAGUUAAAAUACCAUUAGUUGAAAUAAUAAAGCGAAGUGUGAUUUUA